CCCUUGCUCCUCCCUUCCUCACGCAGCCACCCAUCAGUAGCAGCGGCAGCCGCACAUCAGCAGCUUGCUCUGUUCCAUCCGGCAGCAAUGGCGGCCACCACCACCAUGGCGCUCUCCUCCCCCGCGAUCAAGCUCGCCGGAGCCUCCUACGCCCUCGGCGGCGGCGGCCGCAUCACCAUGCGCAAGGCCGCGCCCAAGGCCUCCGCCUCCAACAGCCCGUGGUACGGCCCCGACCGCGUGCUCUACCUCGGCCCGCUCUCCGGCGAGCCCCCGAGCUACCUCAGCGGCGAGUUCCCGGGCGACUACGGGUGGGACACCGCGGGCCUCUCCGCCGACCCGGAGACCUUCGCCAAGAACCGCGAGCUCGAGGUAAUCCACUGCCGCUGGGCCAUGCUCGGCGCGCUCGGCUGCGUCUUCCCCGAGCUGCUCGCUCGCAACGGCGUCAAGUUCGGCGAGGCAGUCUGGUUCAAGGCGGGCUCCCAGAUCUUCAGCGAGGGCGGCCUCGACUACCUCGGCAACCCUAGCUUGGUCCACGCUCAAAGCAUCCUUGCCAUCUGGGCUUGCCAGGUCGUGCUCAUGGGCGCCGUCGAGGGGUACCGCGUCGCCGGUGGCCCGCUCGGGGAGAUCGUCGACCCACUCUACCCCGGUGGCAGCUUCGACCCCCUUGGCCUAGCCGACGACCCGGAGGCGUUUGCUGAGCUCAAGGUGAAGGAAAUCAAGAACGGCCGCCUUGCAAUGUUCUCCAUGUUUGGAUACUUUGUGCAGGCCAUCGUCACUGGUAAGGGUCCGCUGGAGAACCUCGCUGACCACCUCGCCGACCCUGUCAACAACAACGCGUGGGCCUUCGCCACCAACUUUGUGCCCGGCAAGUAAACACAUGAAAAUCGACUUCUCAGGAGUAUAUGUGUACUCUGGAUGUAUGAUUAAUAUCUGAUCGUUGAUGUUGUACACUAUCAAAGAUGUUUACAAAUAGGGCCCGUCUGGAACAUGAAAUGUCUAUAUGAGAAAUGCAUGGUUUUCAUUUUCCAUAUGAAUACGAGUGGACAUUAAUUGUUCGGGUUUGCUAAA